AUCCACCAGUUUCCCUGUAACGGCCGCUAGCAUUAGCUCUGCGGGCUAAAAUGACGAAGACGGGGACGCUGGUGCUGGAGGACGGGACGACGUUUAAAGGGCGCGUGUUCGGGGCCAACGUGUCGGUGUCCGGUGAAGUCGUCUUUCAGACAGGCAUGGUCGGGUACCCCGAGGCGCUGACCGACCCGUCCUACCACUGCCAGCUGCUGACCCUCACGUACCCCCUGGUUGGCAACUACGGGGUGCCGGAGGACGAGGAGGGGGAGUUUGGGCUGAGCAGGUGGUUCGAGUCGUCGAAGAUCCACGCUGCAGCCCUGAUUAUCGGAGAGCUGUCGGAGGAGCCCAGUCACUGGAGCUCUGUCAAGUCCCUGGACCAGUGGCUGCAGGAGCAGGGCGUUCCUGGACUACAAGGUGUGGACACGCGCUGCCUGACCAAGAAGAUCAGGGAGAGCGGCACCCUGCUGGGCAAGCUGCUGGUGGAGGGCACGGCGGAGGACACCGUGCCCUUCAUGAACCCGGACCGGAGGAACCUGGUCCAGGAGGUGUCCAUGAAGGAGCCCCGAGUGUUCAACCCCAGCGGGAGCCUGCGCAUCACAGCGCUGGACUGCGGCAUCAAGUACAACCAGAUCCGCUGCCUGGCUCAGAGGGGAGCCCGCGUGACGGUGGUGCCGUGGGACCACCCGCUGAGCAGCGCAGACUUUGACGGGUUGUUCAUCAGCAACGGCCCCGGCGACCCCCAGCUCUGUGAGACCACCAUCAGCAACGUCAGGGGGGUCGUGUGCGUGGAGCGGCCCAAACCCGUGUUCGGCAUCUGCCUCGGACACCAGCUGCUGUCGCUGGUCAUCGGAGCAAAGACGUACAAGAUGAAGUACGGAAACCGCGGUCACAACCAGCCCUGCAUCCACAAAGGAACGGAUCGCUGCUUCAUCACCAGUCAGAACCACGGGUUUGCCGUGGACCCGCAGGCGCUGCCGCCCGGAUGGGACGUGCUCUUCACCAACGCCAACGACCACAGCAGCGAAGGCAUCGUGCACAACACGCAGCCGCUCUUCAGUGUUCAGUUCCACCCGGAGCACAUGGCCGGUCCCACGGACCUGGUCGGCCUGUUCGACGUCUUCCUCGACACGGUGAAGGAACACAAAGACGGCACCGUCACCAAGUCCGUAAAGCAGCGUCUGAUGGAUCAUCUCACCUUCCCUGAUUCCCUGAGGCCAGAAGACGUUGUCCGGCCCAGGAAGGUUCUGAUCCUGGGUUCUGGAGGACUGUCGAUCGGCCAGGCUGGAGAGUUCGACUACUCUGGCUCUCAGGCCAUUAAGGCUUUAAAGGAGGAGAAUAUCCAGACGGUGCUGAUCAACCCGAACAUCGCCACGGUGCAGACGUCCAAGGGCCUGGCAGACAAAGUUUACUUCCUGCCCAUCACAGCGGAGUACGUCACUCAGGUGAUAAAGAACGAGCGUCCGGACGGCGUGCUGCUGACCUUUGGGGGGCAGACGGCUCUGAACUGCGGCGUGGAGCUGACCAAGCAGGGCGUCCUGGACAAGUACGAGGUGAAGGUUCUGGGGACGCCGGUGGCCUCCAUCGAGAUGACUGAGGACAGGAAGGUCUUUGUGGAGAAAAUGGAGGAGAUCAACGAGCACGUGGCUCCCAGCGAAGCCGCGCUGUCUGUGGAGCAGGCGGUGACGGCUGCGGAGCGUCUCGGGUUCCCCGUUCUGGUGCGCUCGGCGUUCGCCCUCGGCGGCCUCGGCUCCGGCUUCGCCAACAACAGGGAGGAGCUGACGGCGCUGGUGACGUCAGCCUUCGCUCACACCUCCCAGGUUCUGGUGGACAAGUCCCUGAAGGGCUGGAAGGAGAUCGAGUACGAGGUGGUCCGGGACGCCUACGACAACUGCGUCACGGUGUGCAACAUGGAGAACAUCGACCCUCUGGGGAUCCACACGGGAGAAUCCAUCGUGGUGGCUCCCAGUCAGACGCUCAACGACCGCGAGUACAACAUGCUGAGGAACACGGCCAUCAAGGUCAUCCGGCACCUCGGCAUCGUGGGCGAGUGCAACAUCCAGUACGCGCUGAACCCGGAGUCUGAGCAGUAUUACAUCAUCGAGGUCAACGCGCGGCUCUCGCGGAGCUCGGCCCUGGCCAGUAAGGCGACCGGGUACCCUCUGGCCUACGUAGCUGCUAAACUGGGUCUGGGGAUCCCGCUGCCGCAGCUCAAGAAUUCUGUCACCAACUCAACCACGGCUAACUUCGAGCCCAGUUUGGAUUACUGUGUGGUGAAGGUGCCUCGCUGGGACCUGAGCAAGUUCCUCAGGGUGUCCACCAAGAUCGGCAGCUCCAUGAAAAGCGUUGGGGAGGUGAUGGCCAUCGGCCGCAGCUUUGAGGAAGCCUUCCAGAAAGCUCUGAGGAUGGUGGACGAGAACUGCGUCGGCUUUGACCACACCAUCAAACCCGUCUCUGACAAGGAGCUGCAGACUCCCACAGACAAGCGGAUCUUCGUGUUGGCUUCAGCGUUCAGAGCUGGAUACACGGUGGACCAGCUGUACGAGCUCACCAAGAUCGACCGCUGGUUCCUGCACAAGAUGAAGAACAUUGCCGACCACGAGAGACGGAUGGAGGCGUACAGUCAGGAUGAGAGCGCGAUGCCUCCAGAGGUGAUGCUGAAAGCCAAGCAGCUGGGCUUCUCAGACAAGCAGAUCGCACAGGCUGUGCAGAGCACUGAGCUGGCAGUGAGGAAGCUGCGUCACGAUUGGUCCAUCCUCCCCGUGGUGAAGCAGAUCGACACGGUGGCGGCCGAGUGGCCGGCUCACACCAACUACCUGUACCUGACCUACCACGGCACCGAGGACGACCUGAGCUUCCAGGAGCCACACGUCAUGGUGAUCGGCUCCGGCGUCUACCGCAUCGGCAGCAGCGUGGAGUUCGACUGGUGCGCGGUCGGAUGCAUCACAGAGCUCCGGGAGAUGGGCUUUAAAACCAUCAUGGUGAACUACAACCCUGAGACCGUCAGCACUGACUACGACAUGUGCGACCGCCUCUACUUUGAUGAGAUCUCCUUUGAGGUGGUGAUGGACGUCUAUGAGCGGGAGAAUCCUGAGGGAGUGAUCCUGUCGAUGGGAGGCCAGCUGCCCAACAACAUCGCCAUGUCUCUGCACCGGCAGCAGUGCCGCAUCCUGGGAACUUCCCCCGAGUUCAUCGACUCUGCAGAAAACAGGUUCAAGUUCUCUCGAAUGCUGGACACCAUCGGCAUCAGCCAGCCUCAGUGGAAGGAGCUCUCUGACAUCGAGUCUGCUGUGAGGUUCUGUGAGACGGUGGGCUACCCCUGCCUCGUCCGUCCCUCCUAUGUCCUCAGCGGCGCCGCCAUGAACGUGGCCUACAGCGACCACGACCUGGAGAAGUUCCUGAGCAGCGCUGUAGCCGUGUCCAAGGAACACCCUGUGGUGAUCUCCAAGUUCAUACAGGAAGCAAAGGAGAUCGACGUGGACGCGGUGGCGUGUGACGGCGACGUGAUCGCCAUCGCCGUGUCGGAACACGUGGAAAACGCCGGCGUUCACUCCGGCGACGCCACCUUGGUGACGCCGCCCCAGGACCUCAACCAGAAGACGAUGGAGAGGAUCAAGAUGAUCGUUCAUGCCAUCGGCCAGGAGCUGCAGGUCACCGGACCCUUCAACCUGCAGCUCAUUGCCAAGGACGAUCAGCUGAAGGUCAUCGAGUGCAACGUGCGAGUCUCCCGUUCGUUCCCCUUCGUAUCCAAGACUCUGGGUGUGGACCUGGUGGCCCUGGCUACGCAGGCCAUUAUGGGGGAGGAGGUGGCGCCGGUGGGCCUGAUGACAGGAAAGGGGAUUGUGGGAGUCAAGGUUCCGCAGUUCUCGUUCUCCCGUCUGGCCGGCGCUGACGUGGUGCUGGGGGUGGAGAUGACCAGCACCGGGGAGGUGGCCUGCUUUGGAGAGAACCGCUACGAGGCGUACCUCAAAGCCAUGCUGUCCACGGGCUUCAAGAUCCCCAAGAAGAACAUUCUGCUGUCCAUCGGCAGCUACAAGAACAAGAGCGAGCUGCUGCCCACAGUGCAGGCGCUGGAGUCUCUGGGCUACGAUCUGUACGCCAGCAUGGGAACAGCUGAUUUCUACACGGAGCACGGAGUCAAGGUGACCGCGGUCGAUUGGCCGUUUGAGGAGGAGGACGACAGCGAGUGUCCCACUAAAGAGAAGCAGCGCAGCAUCAUGGACUACCUGGAGGAAAACCACUUCGACCUGGUCAUCAACCUCUCCAUGAGGAACAGCGGCGGCCGCAGGCUCUCCUCCUUCGUCACCAAGGGCUACAGGACGCGACGCAUGGCCAUCGACUACUCUGUCCCGCUCAUCAUAGACAUCAAAUGCACCAAGCUCUUUGUUCAGGCUCUUCGUCAGAUUGGCAGGACUCCACCGGUGAAAACUCACAUCGACAGCAUGACAUCCCAGACGCUGGUCCGUCUGCCCGGUCUGAUCGACGUCCACGUCCACCUGCGGGAGCCGGGCGCCGUCCAUAAGGAGGACUUCUCCUCUGGGACGGCGGCGGCUCUGGCCGGAGGCGUGACCAUGGUGUGUGCGAUGCCCAACACCUCCCCGGCCGUCACGGAUCCUGCCACUCUGGCUCUGGUGCAGAAGCUGGCUAAAGCCGGCUGCCGCUGCGACUACGCGCUGUAUGUGGGCGCGGCCUCAGACAACGCUGCGGUGCUGCCGUCCAUCGCCGGCCAGGCCGCCGGCCUCAAGAUGUAUCUGAACGACACUUACUCCAACCUCAAGAUGGACAACGUCUCCCUCUGGAUGGAGCACUUUGAGAAAUGGCCGAAGACCAUGCCGAUAGUGGCUCACGCUGAGAAGCAGACGGUGGCCGCCAUCCUGAUGGUGGCGCAGCUUUACCAGCGGCCGGUCCACAUCUGCCACGUGGCCAAGAAGGAGGAGAUCCUGAUCAUCCGCGCUGCCAAGCAGAAGGGCAUCCAGGUGACCUGCGAGGUGGCUCCUCACCACCUCUUCCUGUGUGAAGACAACGUGGCCCGUAUCGGCAGCGGGCGAGCGCAGGUCCGGCCCAUGCUGGGGACUCGCGAGGACAUGGAGGCUCUGUGGGAGAACCUGGACAUCGUGGAUUGCUUCGCCACAGACCACGCUCCUCACUCUGUAGAGGAGAAGAACAGCGAGCGUCCUCCUCCAGGAUACCCCGGCCUGGAAACCAUGCUGCCGCUGCUGCUGACGGCCGUCAGCGAGGGACGACUGACUCUGGACGAUAUUAUCAGACGACUUUAUGACAACCCACGUAAGAUCUUCAACCUGCCGGUCCAGGAGAACACCUAUGUGGAGGUGGACUUGGAGCAGGAGUGGGUUAUUCCCCAGGCCCUGCAGUUCACCAAGUCCAAGUGGACGCCUUUCGCAGGUGUGAAGGUGAAGGGUAAAGUGCGCCGGGUGGUUCUGCGAGGAGAGGUGGCCUACAUCGACGGCCAGGUGUUGGUUGCUCCAGGUUACGGUGAAGAUGUGAAGACGUGGAGCUCUCCUCCCACACAUCCUGCUGAGGCUGUUAAAGAAAGCCCUAAGACUCCAGAACACCCUCGUUUCACUCCUCCCCGUGAAGGCCUGAUCCGGACCCGAGCACCUAGCCCUCGCCGGGCUGCAGGGGAGGGCCGCUUCUUUCUGCCGCCUCGGGUCCACCGCGCCUCUGACCCUGGACUGCCACCAGAGAUGGUGACGCUUCCCCCGGCUGGCGCUGCUGACGGGUACAGCCACCCCCCUCCUCUGUCCAGGCUCCUGUCCCCUCAGUCUGGAUCAGGUCCUGCUCCUGCUGCACAGCUGUCCCACUUCCAGAUCUCUCCUUUACUUCACACACUCCUAGGUCAACACAUCCUGUCUGUCAGACAGUUCAGCAAAGAGCAGAUGUCGCACCUUUUCAAUGUUGCCCACACUCUGCGUCUGAUGGUUCAAAAGGAGCGAAGCCUGGACAUCCUGAAGGGGAAGGUGAUGGCGUCCAUGUUCUAUGAGGUCAGCACUCGCACCAGCAGCUCCUUCGCAGCAGCUAUGCAGCGUUUGGGCGGAUCAGUUGUCCACUUCAGCGAAUCCACCUCGUCCUCUCAAAAAGGAGAGUCACUGGCCGACUCGGUUCAGACCAUGAGCUGCUACGCUGACGUCCUGGUGCUGCGGCACCCAACACCUGGAGCUGUAGAGACUGCAUCUCGUCACUGCCGUAAGCCGGUGAUCAAUGCUGGGGACGGUGUGGGUGAGCAUCCAACCCAGGCCCUGCUGGACGUCUUCACCAUCCGAGAGGAGCUGGGGACAGUCAACGGCAUGACGAUCACUAUGGUUGGAGAUCUGAAACACGGCCGCACAGUUCAUUCCCUCGCCAAACUGCUGACUCAGUACCGCAUCACCCUGCGUUACGUGGCUCCAAAGAACCUCCACAUGCCCGCAGAGAUUAUCAGAUACGUGGCCUCAAAGGGCAUCAAACAGGAGGAGUUUGAGAGUAUCGAGGAAGCUUUACCUGAGACGGACGUCCUCUACAUGACGAGGAUCCAGAAAGAGAGGUUUGCGUCUGAGGAGGACUACAAGGCUUGUUUUGGUCAGUUCAUCUUGACGCCGCACACCAUGACUGUUGCCAAAAAGAAAAUGGUUGUGAUGCAUCCGCUGCCCAGAGUCAAUGAGAUCAGUGUGGAGGUUGACACCGACCCCAGAGCAGCGUACUUCCGUCAGGCAGAGAACGGCAUGUACAUCCGUAUGGCUCUGCUGGCCACAGUGCUGGGCAGAUAGAUGCAAAUAUACUGAAGCUGUUUAGGGUUUAUAUUUAGGCUCUGGUCUGAAAAUGUACAAUCAACAUUCCAGUUUCUGGUGUUGGAGGACUUUGCCUUCACACUAGUUGUGUACUCAGCUGUAUGUAAACUUCACGAUUAUCAUAUUCCAUUAAAGACAAUCUGUUGUUAUAACACAAUUAAUAUUUUCCAUAAGACCUCUAGACCAAAUGGGAAUCUUUGUAAUGUUUUGCAUAGUGUCAGUAUUUCUGUGUUUGAGCCAACUAGAGAAGCAGGGAAGGCUUUCUCUAGUCCUUCAUUCUAAUUCUGGUACUAUUGUGAUUUUAAAUAAAUAAUUUUUGGAACUGUCGAAGGUUGAAAGCUGCUAAAACUAAUGUGAGAAUCUGUUACGGUUUCCUCACUUCAUGUCAAAGAAGGAAUCUCAUUACUGACUCGUUAAAAAAAGCCCCGGAUCCAGCUUUGUUUAUGAUGGUGAUGCUGUUUCGACCAGUUCUUCUUGGUUAUUGUUGUCUGCUGUGUCUUUGUGUUGUAACAUUUGAGAAUGGGAACGCGCAAUGAUCCAGAGGCUGUCUUUGGUUUAUGGUUGCUAUAUCUGUCUUAUGUAAUGUAGCCGAUUUUUAUGGAAACCGGAAUUUGUCGAGUUUUCAUCAAAUGACGUAUGUAGAGAAUUGAAUAAUAAACCUCUUGUUGAUGACA